AAAUCGACAAACCCAGUUCAGUUGAACCAAAAUGAGCAAAAACCUCAAAGAAAUCCCACCUGUCUAUCUCAAAGUCCACCUAACCGUGCUCCAAAUCCUCGGAAUAGACAUCCUCCCAAACGAACGCAUCCCCCAAACCCUAUUUUACACCUACUCUGUCCUUCUAAUCGCCACAAUGGUCGUCUUCACCACAGCCGAAUGCCUAGACCUGGUGCUAAACUACGAAGACAUCUACAAACUAACAUUCGGUCUCUGCUGCUGCGUGACCCACGUUCUAGGCGCAGCUAAAAUGUUCCUGAUGUUGUAUUUGCGCAAAAAACUGUGGGGCUAUUUCACAACACUCGAAAACGGCAUUUUCAAGCCGAAUCCGUGCCGAGGCGGAGCCGAGGAGUUCGAAAUAGUCACCAGUGCCAUCAACAUGUGCAAGCGACAAGGCUACGUUUUUUACGUUCUUACGGUUGGUGUGACCGGAGGGCAAGGUUUGUACGCAGCUUUGGCGAACUUGCCCUACGACAAACACAACUAUUUCGACGGAAACGUCACGGUGGUUGUCAACACGAAGCAGAUGCCCUACGCCACCUGGACGCCCUUUGAUUACAACGACAGCCCCCUUUAUGAAAUCAUGUUCGCGUUCCAGAUUUUUAGCACGACGCUUUAUGGGUUUUAUAUCGGGGCUGCAGACGCUGUCAUUUGCGGGUUUUUGAUGCUGAUUAAGGCCCAGUUUUUGAUUGUGAAAAGGGAGCUUGAGACGUUGGUUGAAAGGGCACAAAGGGCGGGGAAUCCCGAUAGGGGUGAUUUUGGUGGAGGGAUUAAUAGAAUCGAGAUGUUGGAUGAUGGGACGCAAGUUUUUGUCGAAAAAUGCGCCAAUGAGUGCGUUUAUCACCACCAGGAGUUGAUCGCGUUGUGUGAACACGCCGAAGAGGAUUUUUGCUACUUGAUGCUUCUGCAGUUCAUUUCCAGUUUGUUGAUUGUGUGUUUCCAGUUGUUUCAAUUGAGCACGUUGUCUCCCGGUACUUUCGAAUUUUUCAGUAUGGCCUGUUUUUUGCUUUUCAUUUUGUUCCAACUUUUGUGCUACUGUUGGCACGGGAAUGAGGUGCAAUUUGUUAGUGGGGAAUUGUCAAGAUACGCGUUUAGUAUUAAUUGGAUUAUUAUGAGAGAAUCGCCGAAGAAAACUCUUCUGCUUCUAAUGAUGAGAGCGCAAAGGCCUUGCUAUUUUACGGCUGGGAAAUUUUCACUUUUGUCUCUACAGACUUUUAUGACGGUUGUGAGAGGAGCAGGCUCGUAUUUUAUGUUUUUGAAACAAAUGAAUACUUAAAACACUGUACAAGUCACAAUUAAAUCAAAGUUUUUGCACUUGUGUAUCCCGAAAAUAAAAAAAAAAUGUUAAAAAAUUA